CCCCUUAGGACUGUGGUCAUAUCCUUGACAGUUCACCUAUUGUUAUGUUGAUUCUUCAUGCCCGGGGUUGCCAAUGAAUUUAAUGCGUGGUUCUGGGAGGGAUGAAAACAUUUCGCAGAAUGUCAUGGUGAACUUUUAACCCGAAUGAAAUUGCCCAGUCGUGUUCCUGUUUGAGCCUGAAAUGUGCUGUUCAUUGACACAAAGCCAGCCGUAAUAAGUGUUGAGUGGCUCUUGGGAUUAGGCCAAGGCUUCCAACUGCUUCAACAUGGGACUAUGUUACCACCAGGAGUAUUACGCUCAAGGAAUUUAAAUACAAGAUAAGAAACCUGUGGCACAAACAUGUUGCUGGCAUGCUAUGGAGAACAACCACACAGCAAAGGUGGUGUCCGGAUUGAGAGACUUGGUGUGUGAGCACUGACACACAAGCAAAGCAGCCAUUCAGCAGUGGGAUGGAUCCUGACUACUAAAGAGGAGGAGGGAGUGAGAGAGAGCAAGAAAAGGGGGGAGUGUCGGUGGGAGAGCAAGGGAAGCGAAAAAAAAAAACACAGCGAAAAGGCUCCACACUGCUGAAUAUAAAUUUAUAUGUUCGCAAGGAGUAAAGCUGGAGGUCUCUGGAGCGAUACCGGCCAGGGGUGGUCAUAAAGCAUCAAGAGGUGGUCUUCCCUCUUAACUAAGGAUUUGUGCAAAAAAAAGGAAGUAUCGAUCCCGUGUGGAUGCUGUGAGCACCGGUUGUCAAGCACAGGGGCGGGCUGGUCGGAGGUCUGUGACCCUUUUCAUCACCGGACACAAGAAGAAGAAGCAGAAGAAACGAGAAGCAGGCAUCGAGGGACCAGUGAGCCCUUUCUCUGCUUAUUACCUCCCAUUCAUAAAACCAUUGCAUUCCAUCAUCACAGUGAUGUAGAGGCAUUCCCCAUUGCAGGAGGAAGGGUCCCGCUGACUGCUGAGGCUUAGCGCCCCCUUUGCAUUGCAGUCCUCCCCCUCAUUUUCUUUACAUUUCCAUCUGUUCCUUCCUUCUGCCUUUUUACGCCACAAAAGACGCCGUAGUCAUUGACCAGAAGUGGGUGUUUCUGGAACUGUCAUUGUGUUUGGUUCCGCUACAAAAGGCAGCUUAACAGAGAGUGGGACACAGUUGUGGAGAUAAUAAAAAAAAAAGCAGGGGAACAGCUGACAAUCAUCGGAAGGUGAAUUGUGAUGGGAAGAAAAGUGUUGCACACACCUCAUGUAGCCAUUACUUGAGUCCGUUGGUGUUGUCACUGUAACCGACGCUGCUGCUUGGGUUGUGCUGCCGCUGUUGCUAAGCAAAGCCUCUUAGCUCAAGUUCGUCGGGGAAACAGUGUUGAGCAUCACUCUACAGCCAUGAAAGAAAGCUCAGAGGAAAGCAUCGCAAGUGCCAGGCCGUCCAACCUGCAGGCUUUCGCUACGAUAUCCACCCUACAUGGAAUGAGUCACAUAUUUGCCUACGGGCACAUGACAUUCCGACGUUUCCUAUGGACUCUCUCCUUUCUCGGCUCACUGUGCUUAUUGCUGCUGGUUUGCAUGGACCGAGUGUCCUACUACCUGGAGUACCCUCAUGUCACCAAGCUGGAUGAGGUGGCGGCAACGAACCUCACCUUUCCCGCCAUCACCUUCUGUAACCUCAACGAGUUCCGCUUUUCUAAAAUCACCAAGAACGACCUAUAUCACGUGGGGGAGCUGCUCGCCCUGCUCAAUAAUAACUACCAGAUAGCCAACCCACACCUGGCGGAACCUGAGGUGCUUGCCGCUCUCAAGGAGAAGGCCAACUUCCAGAACUUCAAGCCCAAACUGUUCAACAUGACUGACUUUUAUAACCGCACGGGUCAUGACAUCGGGGAGAUGCUACUGCAGUGCACCUUUCGAGGCGAGGAUUGCUACUCUGUGAACUUCACCACGAUUUAUACACGCUACGGAAAAUGCUACACUUUCAACUCUGGAUUAGACGGCAACCCACUCUUGACCACACUGAAAGGCGGCACGGGGAACGGCCUGGAGAUUAUGCUGGACAUACAGCAGGAUGAAUACCUACCUGUGUGGGGGGAGACAGACGAGACCUCCUAUGAAGCAGGAAUCAAGGUUCAGAUCCACAGCCAGGAAGAGCCGCCCUUCAUUGACCAGCUGGGAUUUGGCGUGGCCCCUGGUUUUCAAACUUUUGUGUCAUGUCAGCAGCAACUGCUUCAGUACCUCCCUCCGCCUUGGGGAGACUGCAAGUCUACUCCCAUCGACUCUGAGUACUUCUCCACAUACAGCAUUACGGCUUGCCGCAUUGACUGUGAAACCCGCUACCUGCUGGAGAACUGCAACUGCAGAAUGGUUCACAUGCCCGGGACCUCAACUGUGUGCACGCCUGAGCAGUACAAAGACUGUGCCGACCCAGCCUUAGACUUUUUGGUAGAGAAAGACAACGAUUACUGUGUGUGUCAGACCCCCUGCAACAUGACUCGCUAUGGCAAGGAGCUGUCCAUGGUUAAGAUCCCCAGUAAGGCAUCUGCUAAAUAUCUGGCUAAGAAAUUCAACAAAACUGAGCAAUAUAUUGGAGAAAACAUAUUGGUUUUGGACAUCUUCUUCGAAGCUCUGAAUUAUGAGAAGAUCGAGCAGAAGAAAGCCUAUGAAAUAGCUGGGCUUCUCGGUGACAUUGGAGGUCAGAUGGGACUGUUUAUAGGAGCCAGUGUGUUAACAAUACUGGAGAUAUUCGACUACCUAUAUGAGGUGUUCAAGGACAAAGUUUUGGGUUACUGCAUGCGCAAAAAGCGACCACAGCGCUGCCAGAGUGACAACCUGGAGUUUCCAGAGACCCCAAGCAGCCCCGGUGUCACGCCUAAUCAUGCCCCCAGAGCACCUGUGACACCCUCCGGAGUCACUCGGACAGUCUCGGAUUCACGCCGAACAUGUUACCUCGUCACCCGACUCUAGGAAACUUUGAGGAGUUUGCCUGUUGACGGCGUUACUUGACGGUCCAUCGAAACUGUGAAAUACCUUCCAUAUUUAUCCGAAAAGAAAAAGACACAAGUGUAUAGUAGAGUUUAUCAAUGCCUGAAUAGAAAUAGAAUACUAUCAUCAGUGGAGGAGAAACACACGACCACACAGAACUCAGGUUUAACUGAUCAUCAUCAUACACUUUAAGGCAUUUCCUUUCAACCGUCACUAGUCAGGCCUUGACUUGAAGUGGUACUGCUGCUCGUGUUUCGUCAUGACAAAAUUCAAUGUUUUCUGUAGCAUCUUCUUCAGAGUGUUUAUCAACAGUUGCCUUUUAGCUUCAACGAUGCUUGAGAAAACUGUGAUUAUACCCGCCGGAGGUAUUGACAAUGCUUAUACAGCUUAAAAAAGUUUCUUUGCCUUUCUUAAUGUCAAUUUCAACAAUGUGUCUUAUGUUGAUCGGUGCCAAGGAGUGUUAGGGCCACACUGGAAAAAUAAAGAGUUGUACAUUCACAGGAAUAACUUUGUAAUGUUAUGAGAGUAAAGUGGUAUAUUUUGGGGAAAAAUAAUAUCAUAACAUUCAGUAUUGAGAAGAAAUGUCAAAUUUUACAUGUCGCGACACUUUUUUGGUAAUAUUAUGAUUUUAAUCUUGUAAAAUUUGGAUUAUUUUAAUAUAUUUAAUAUAGCGGAUUCCCUUUUCUUGUUAUAUGACUUUUGUUUUUGUAAAAGUAAUUUUUUGUUAUUGUAAUUGUAUGACUUGUGACUUUUAUAAAAUUAUGUCUCGUCUUCAGAAAUAUUUUCCUGUAAUACUACGUCUUUGUUUUCACACAAUUGUUUUUGGAACACUAUCAUGUUUUUUCUUUGUAUUACAUCACUUUAUUACAUUGUUAUUCCCAUAAGAUUACAAUUUUGGGGGUUAGAAUUGUGUGGGUUUUUUCAUUUAAAAAAAUCUUGUAAUAUUUAUCAGCAAGAUCAUAACUAUUAAGACUUAGUUUUCAUACAUUAUUGUUUUUGUAAAAAAUAGGUUUUUUCUUGUAUAACAUGAUUUGUUUCAUUGCUUAUAGUGAAAAAAAAUACAAACUUUUUUCUUGUAAUAUUUGUAAUAUAUUUUCUUGUAAUAUAUUUCUUGUAAUAUUGUAACUUUUUCUUAUUUUUUAAACUUACUUACUUUUCUUAAAAUUACCAUUUCUUUUCAUAUAAUAUCCCAACUCUAUUUCCAUCCUUUUCUUUUAACUUUAUUCUGUGCAAAGCCCCUUUUUUCCUCAUACAAAAAAACAUUAUUACUUUGUUUUUUUUUUAUAAUUUUAUGACUUUUCCCGUCGUACCACAGUGACUAUUUUCCUUUGUUAGUACAUUUGGGAAAAAAUACAGCUCUAAAGCCUCAAAAGCUCUAAAAUGAUGCCAUUGAUAAUAUUAUUCUGAUAAUAUCCCAACUUUAAUGUGGUAAAAGUGUGUAUUUUUCCUUUGAGUGUGAUUGUAAGACUCCUUGGCAUACAGUAUACAGUACAGUACUACUCCAUCAGCACAAUGAGACGUGAUAGUAAUCUAUUGUCUAUAAACGGCUUGUUGGGGAUAUUUCUAAAGUGGACUUUGUAUAUAAAGUAAGCACCAUCGAAAAGCCAUGACCAAAUUCUACACUGUUCAUUUGUCUCAUCUAUGUCUUGCCCUAUAGCUCUAGAGAGAGUGUUUCUAUGUACGUCUUUUAACUAGAAGGAAUGUGGACUUUGACUGUAGACCGUAAGUGUCUUGACUGAUAAUCACUCUAUUACGUACAACAAGACACACAGCAUCACGACAUAUUUGUCAUUUACAACACAGGCAUUGUACAAUUCCACCGCUGUAUCCUCUUGUUAUUCUUCUUCUACUAAAUAUUCCAGAAUAUGUAAAAAAUAGUCACAAAUAACACUUUGUGAUGUAACGAUGAUCAAGUAUAAUAAAGUCGAUAUUUACCCAUCUUAUUCAACAAUGUACAAAUGUUCUUAUAUUCUUGUUGUACUAUUUUAAAUCAUGGUUUUUCAAGUAUAAAAUGUGUUAUAAGAAGAUGUAACUACUAUUCUGUGACAUAAAGCACAAACCCUCAGAGA